AUGAACAAUAGCCACCAGAGAUACCAAGACAACCCGGAGCCGUAUGAAGAAGAAGAGGUCGACGUGAGACUGAAAGCAUUUGCCCUGCUGAAUCGAAUAGGCCCUACCGCUGACGACGAUGCUUCGACCUGGCCCGAAAAGCCGCAGCCGCGAUCGUCCUAUCAACGCAACGAAACGCCCCAAACGGAGAAGGAUUCACUGCGACGAUCAUCGGCUCCCGCACGAUACGUGAACAAUAAUUACGAAGAAUUGGGCAUGGCGGGUCUCUUUGUGUCCUGCAUUGCCGAUGCCUGCAAAAAGAGCACCGAAUAUGCGGCACGAAUGGGUUAUGAGACGAUAUACCCAGGCGGCGGUGGAAGAGAGGCCGAAGGCGAGUUUGAAAAGGUCAACAUCCUUGGAACCUACGGCACCGGUGGACAAGCUUCUGGAGAAGCCUAG